CAGUGAGGUCGGCGCCGUGGGCAACUAGAGGCGUCACUCCAGUCCAAAUACGCUCGGAGAUAAGAAGUAUUGGUGCUCAAAAAUUUGCAGUUGGCCCUGAUUCUGCCCUUGUCGGCCGCAGCGAAUCUUGACUCUCAACGGACCCUUCGGCAGAUUAUGAGAAAAUGAGGCUGGACGCCGAGCAGACGUUGGACGCGGCGCUGAACGUGGAAGUCGUCGACGCCGCCGCCCUCAAGCCCUGGAGCCAGAUCGCGCCGCUGCCCCUCGGCCCCCUCAUCACCCCUGGGCCGCACAACCCCGCCAGCACCUUCCCCUGCGACCCCAAGCUCAACGCCAAAAUCGUUUUGUGGGUCGGCGACAUUUCGCUGCUGAAUGUGGACGCCGUUGUGAAUUCGACCAACGAGUCCAUGACCGAGCGGAACCCCGUCAGCGACCGGAUAUACAGCCAGGCUGGCCAGGAGCUGCUCGACGAAAUACAAAAUGAAAUCAAAGAGUGCAAGACUGGGGACGUGCAGGUCACCAGCGGACACAACCUGCCCGCCCGCUUCAUCAUCCACACCGUCGGACCCAAGUACAACGUCAAGUACCAAACAGCUGCCGAAAACUCGCUCCACUCCUGCUACAGGAACGUUCUGCAGAAGGCCUGCGAGCUCGGCGUCGCCACCCUCGCCAUCCCGGCCAUCAACUCGGUCAAGAGGAACUACCCCCCGGACCAGGGGGCGCACAUCGCCCUCAGGACGAUCCGACGCUUCCUGGACAAGUACAGCCCGAGCUUCGAGCGGAUCGUGUUGGCCGUCGAGAACUCGGACGUGGGAAUCUACGAGUUGCUGCUGCCGCUGUACUUCCCGCGCACAGAGCAGGAGGAGCUGCACGCGGCGCGUCAACUGCCCAACUGCGUCGGCGGUUCGGACGGUGAGCCUUUGCUGCCCGAUCGCCAAAUUCGCAUCAUUGACAACCCGCACCACUUACACGCAGACGACGAAGGUUUGUCCACCCAGCUCGAGAGCCUGGGUGUGGGGGAGCACGCGUUCAGUCAGAUGCAAGGUGACCUCGACCAGCAGCGACUGCUCGGGGACCUUCCAACCUACAACUCUCAAUACACCUCUGAAACGUUGAUGCGCGAGAUGCAGAACAACAUCAGUUACGAAAGGCUUUUGCGCCGCGCCAGGACCGAGGAUCUGUCCGAGAUUUCCGGAAUUGGCUGCCUCUACCAGAGCGGCGUCGACAGAUUCGGCAGACCUGUCAUUGUCUUUGUCGGAAAGUGGUUCAAGUUCAACGAAAUCAACCUCGAAAAGGCGCUGUUGUAUUUGAUCUACCUGCUGGACCCCCUGGUCAAGGGUGACUAUGUGAUUUCGUACUUCCACACGCUCACGUCGAGCAACAACUACCCAUCCUUUAAUUGGCUUAAAGAAGUCUACAACAUUCUUCCAUACAAGUACAAGAAAAACCUGAAGGCCUUCUACAUUGUUCACCCCACCUUUUGGACUAAAAUGAUGACCUGGUGGUUCACAACAUUUAUGGCCCCUGCCAUCAAGCAGAAAGUUUUCAGUCUGCCCGGCGUCGAGUACUUGUACUCUGCAAUGACCCCUGACCAGCUUGAAAUCCCCGCUUUCAUCACCGAGUAUGACAUGACCAUCAACGGAAUUCGGUAUGUGAAUGCGAGCGAGAGCGGCUGACCUUUGGCCCUGAGUGCGUACCAGCAGCUGCUGGUGUCGUCCGCAUAGUUCCCUUCGACAGGACUCAUUUGCGCGCAUAGUGAGACAGCUUUAAAUUUGGGACCGCGAGGAAAAAAUGUUUGUCAGUGUGUUUGCAAGAAUCUCCUUUGGUUCCGUGGACUUUCGAGCUGCUCGGAUUUUGGUUUCAAAUUUUUAGAUGUAAAAAAAAAGAAAUAACUUGUGCACCCCAAAAAGCAGGCAAUGAAGAAAGAAAAACGCUUAUAUAUACGGAAAGGAAUGAUUGAUCAAAAGAGGCCUUAGAUUAACAGAAGAAGUUGAGGAGAGGGAAGGAUAUUUAUACAAAAUUCCUUGAUCAUGCAUAUCAUGAAGAAAAAAUAAUGCUUUCAUUACAUGAGGAGAAGUUAGUCAAUAAUAAUAACCUUGGUGUGUGAAUGUGCUUACUAGGACGUAAAAUAAUAUAUAUUAUGUUAUAAGAACCUGCUUAAAAAAUUUAGGAACUGAUUACGAUUUGUACAUAGACUCUAGGUUUAGCAAAGUUGAUGCAUUUUGUUAAAAUUAUAUUAAUUAUAAUAUAUAAACUCUUCGAACACACCUUCAACAAGUUUCUGUGAUUAAAAAAAACUAAACCACUUGGAUUUUGCUGUCAACUUAUGAAUAUUGUAAAGCUAAAUGUACUAAGCAAUAAUAACCGCAGUUACGUAUAAUGAAAAAAAAAUAGUGAGUUGCGAAUUAUCGAGACACCAGAGAAGGUUCAAUCAGGUUCAGUGACUGGUUGUGUUCAAAUGUGAAUCAAUGAGAGGCCCGUACUUGUGUCUAGCCAGAACAAAACAAACUUAACCCCCUUGUAUAAAAACAUAAGUUGUAACUUGACUUAAAAAGGAAAUAGUUUACUUUUAGUGAGGAUUUGUUGCAAUCAUAGACUGAAGUUGCAAGUGUUUUUGUUGAAAUUGGUGCAGCGGAGGUGGACGCGCCAAACUAAAAUCCAUUGGUGAUAUGUAAAGCAUCUUGAUUUUAAUAAAACUUAAAUUACAACGUU